UGGCGAGCCGUCAUGAAAAAAUCAUACAACGCCAUUUCGAAAAAUGCACCCGGCCAAGUGAAAGCACUCGAGUUGCGCAAUGUGAUUCCACAGCAAGUAUCCUCCUGGCUGCAAUCAGAUUGGCACAAGUUUCUUGGAGGCGUCCAAUCAUUUGCGAUCACUCUGCGUGGCGGUGCAAACUCGAUCGGGCAACAAUUGGGAACGUGCCCCGAGUACCCAAAAUUGACGCGCGACUUGGAUAUCUACUUCUUUGACCAUCUUGCCAACGUCAUUAAUUUCAAAUUCGCGGCGACUUUGGACGGGCCGGUUGGUUGUGAAGGCACAGACAACCACACCAAAUUCCCAAUUCGGCCGGACCAUUUUCCACAGUUGCAAAGUCUCCAUUUGGCCUAUGUAUUCAUCGAUAAACAACUUCUUGAAGCUAUCAUCGGCCACAACGAGACUCUACAAAUGAUU